AUGGCUUCUUCUUCAGCGGUCGGAAAACUCUCCAGGGAGGAGUUCAGACGUCAAAAGGACCUCGAUGCCGCUCGAAAGGCCGGCACUGCUCCGGCUGCUCUGGAUGAAGAGGGACGGGCUAUCAAUCCACAUAUUCCUCAAUACAUCUCACAGGCACCCUGGUAUCUCGACACUGGUGCACCCUCAUUGCAACAUCAACGGAGACCGGACUAUGACGAUUCUGCCAACAAACUCGACAACUGGUAUGACAGAGGAGCUAGAGCUGGACCAGCCGCAAAGAAGUACCGCAAAGGAGCCUGCGAGAAUUGUGGUGCAAUGACACAUAAGAAGCAAGAUUGUCUGGAGCGUCCACGCAAGAAAGGCGCAAAGUACACCAACAAGGACAUUCAAGCAGACGAUGUCAUUCAAGAUGUUGCUACCGGCUACGACGCGAAACGGGACCGCUGGAAUGGCUACGAUCCUGCCGAACACAAGAAGGUCUAUGAGGAGUACGGAGCUGUUGAGGCCGCAAGGCAGAAGCUGAGGGAAGAGGAGAUAGACAACCAAACCACAACGGAUCUGGCUGCUGUUCGGAAGGUUGCGAAGGCCGGCAAGUCUGACGCUACGAAGGACGAUGCAGAUUUCGGGUCAAGUGAGGACGAAGAUGCGGAUGAAGAUAAAUAUGCGGACGCUGCUGAUGCUGUUGGUCAAAAACUCGACGCAAAGACCCGCAUUACUGUGCGGAAUCUUCGUAUUCGUGAAGAUACCGCUAAAUACUUGAUAAAUCUCGACCCCGAGAGUGCUUACUAUGAUCCAAAAACGCGUUCUAUGCGAGAUGCACCUAUCAAGAACGUUGCUCCAGAAGAUGCCAAGUUUGCUGGUGACAAUUUCCUACGCUACUCAGGAGAAGCACCUGAAGUGCAAUCGCUACAACUCUUCGCCUGGCAAGCAGCGGCGCGCGGAAACGACGUACACCUCAAUGCCAAUCCCACCCAAGGAGAAUUGCUACAUUACGAGUUCAAACAGAAAAAGGAAGAGUUAAAGGAUACCACGAAAAGUAGUAUUCUUUCGAAAUAUGGAGGUGCUGAAUAUCUGGAUUCUGCUCCAAGCGAGCUUCGGCAAGGGCAGUCAGAGAACUACGUCGAGUACUCCCGGACAGGACAGCUCAUCAAAGGUCGCGAAAAGGUGAAAGCAAGAUCAAAGUACCCGGAAGAUGUUUAUGUCAACAACCAUACGGCCGUCUGGGGCUCUUGGUACGAUAAAUCAACGGGCGCCUGGGGUUACGCUUGCUGUCACUCAAGUGUGCAUCUGUCAUAUUGUGCAGGCCAGGCUGGUAUUGAGGCAACCCAAGCCUCAAGUGCCCAAUCACUGUUAGCUUCAACGUCAGCUUCAGAGCCUUCCAACCAACAGGUCAGCUCAAAAGACCGUUCUGAACGAAUAGAAAAGAUCGAGCAGAAUUACUCCAAGAAGCGAGUAGGGGAAGGUGAUGUCAAGUUGGACCAAGACCGGCUAGCGCAGGCUGUCUUGGAAGAAAGGAAGAGAAAGGCGAGAGGGGGUAAAAACGGUGAUGACAGGUCGAGCAAGAAGCAGAAGAGCAGUCUGGAGAGCGGGAGUCACGAUGUAACAGAAGAGGAGCUGGAGGCGUACCGAAUGACCAGACGGAUGCAAGAGGAUCCAAUGGCCAAUUACAUCGACAAGGAAAAUUCAUAG